AUGGAGUUGAACGAGGUUGUUAAUGGGUUAAAGGAUGAUGAGCCUCUCUUGGAUUCAGUACUCGUGCAUAUGGGAAGCAUGUAUUCAUCUCUGGGGAAGUUUGACAAGUCCAUGCUAUCCUAUAGGAGAGCUCUUAAAAUUCUGGAAAGUAAAUAUGGGAACAAGAGUACUUUACUUAUUACUCCCUUAUUAGGGACAGCAAAAGUUCUUGGUUCUACUGGAAGAGCCACAAAGGCAAUAGAAAUGUACCACCGUGCAAUAUCCAUAUUGGAAUUGAGCAGAGAUGCAGAGAGCGAGGAAUUGGUGAUACCUUUAUUUGCUCUUGGACGUCUUUUAAUCAAGGAAGGCAGAGCUGUGGAUGCUGAAAAUCCUUUUAAUAGAAUUUUAAACAUAUAUACGAAGUUAUAUGGAGAGGAAGAUGGGAGAGUUGGAAUGGCUAUGUGUUCCCUAGCUCAUGCCAAGUGUGUAAAAGGGAACGUGGAUGAAGCCAUUGAUCUGUAUAGAAAUGCCCUUCAUGUCCUCAAGGAUUCAAAAUAUAUGGCAUUGGAUGACGACAUAAUGGAAAAGAUGAGAAUAGACUUAGCAGAAUUACUUCAUGUAGUAGGGAGAGGAAAAGAGGGCCGAGCACUGCUGGAGGAAUGUUUGUUGAUCACCGAGAAGUAUAAAGGGAAAGACCAUCCAGGCAUAGUCACGCACCUUAUAAAUCUUGCAACCUCCUAUUUGCGCUCCAAGGAUUUUGUGGAGGCUGAGCGCUUGCUGAGGACAAGUCUGGAUAUCAUGUCGAAGACUGCGCCCCCAGAUGAUCAGUCCAUCACCUUCCCCAUGUUGCAUCUUGCAGUUACUCUUUAUAACUUAAACCGCAAUGAAGAAGCUGAGCAACUGGCCUUGGAUGUUUUGCGCAUCCGCGAGAAGGCAUUUGGAAAAGAAUCUCUUCCCGUUGGGGAGGCUCUUGAUUGUUUGGUUUCCAUUCAGACCAGUUUAGAGAAGGAUGGCAGUGAGUUAUUACAGUUGCUGAAAAGGGUUCUGAGAAUCCAGGAGAAAGCAUUUGGCCGUGAAAGUAAGGCGGUGGUGGAAACCUUGAGAAAAAUUGUAUUCUACUUGGACAAAUUGGGGUUGAAGGAGGAGAAGUUUCCUUUGCAAAAGAGAUUGUCUAUGCUUAGAGACAAAUAUAAAAAAACAAUGCAGUAUUAGUGUCAAUGGAGGCUGCUCUACUGGAUGGAUUCAGCUGAAAUUUCCAAAAUAGUCUGUGCAUUAUGCAUCUGUACAGGUAUUUUUUUUUUUUU